CGGAUCCUGAGAAAGACUCCAAUUAAAGAGAGAGAGAGAGAGUUUACACACAGACUAAUUUACAAACAAGUUCUCAUCAUACCACUGGAGAAGAUCUCUUCUUCUUCCUGAUUUCAAACGCGAUGCGAAGGUUAGGGCACCACAGGCUCCAUGGCAAGACGGGAGGAGUUGGAACAAAGGGGAUGGUUGCGAAACUGUCUAUCGGAGUCAUUGUUCUACUGAUCUGUACGCUCUCGCUGCUUUUCUCGGCUAACAUCGGUAGCAGUCCCCAGCCGACCCGUCCAUCUAAGAUAAAGGUGGAAGAGCUCUGGGAGAGUGCUGCAUCUGGUGGUUGGAGACCCUCUUCUGCGCCACGAUCUGACUGGCCUCGUAUGUUCAUCUCGUCUCCUACCAAGGAAACUAAUGGUUAUCUCCGUGUUCGAUGUAAUGGUGGUUUGAAUCAGCAACGUAGUGCGAUAUGUAAUGCGGUACUUGCUGCCCGGAUCAUGAAUGCUACGCUUGUGUUGCCUGAAUUAGAUGCAAACUCGUUUUGGCAUGAUGACAGUGGUUUUCAAGGUAUCUAUGACGUUGAACAUUUUAUUGAGACACUGAAGUAUGACGUUAAGAUUGUGGGAAAGAUCCCCGAUGCUCACAAAAAUGGGAAAACCAAGAAGAUAAAAGCUUUUCAGAUUCGUCCUCCUCGAGAUGCUCCUAUUGACUGGUACCUGACGACUGCUUUAAAGGCAAUGAAGGAACAUAGUGCUAUCUAUCUUACCCCUUUUUCACAUCGUUUAGCGGAGGAAAUUGACAAUCCUGAAUAUCAGCGGUUAAGGUGCAGAGUGAACUACCAUGCUUUGAGAUUCAAGCCACACAUCAUGAAGUUAAGCGAAUCUAUUGUUGACAAACUCCGGUCACAGGGGCACUUCAUGUCGAUCCAUCUUCGUUUUGAAAUGGAUAUGUUGGCAUUUGCAGGGUGCUUUGACAUAUUUAACCCAGAGGAACAGAAAAUACUUAGGAAGUAUCGUAAAGAAAAUUUUGCAGAGAAAAGGCUUAUUUAUAACGAAAGACGGGCUAUCGGGAAGUGUCCACUGACCCCUGAGGAGGUAGGUCUUAUAUUAAGAGCAAUGAGAUUCGACAACUCCACAAGGAUAUACCUAGCAGCCGGUGAACUUUUUGGCGGGGAACGGUUCAUGAAACCGUUUCGAACCUUAUUCCCUCGGCUCGACAACCACAGCUCGGUGGACCCCUCUGAGGAGCUGUCAGCAAACUCACAGGGAUUAAUAGGGUCAGCUGUGGAUUACAUGGUUUGUCUCCUCUCCGAUAUUUUUAUGCCAACAUAUGAUGGACCGAGCAAUUUCGCCAACAAUCUCUUAGGUCAUCGCCUUUACUACGGUUUCCGUACCACAAUCAGACCGGAUAGGAAAGCUUUGGCUCCAAUUUUCAUAGAUAGAGAAAAGGGAAAAAUUGCUGGAUUCGAAGAAGCAGUGAGACGAGUAAUGCUGAAAACAAACUUUGGAGGGCCUCACAGACGUGUAUCUCCUGAAUCGUUUUAUACAAAUUCAUGGCCUGAAUGUUUCUGUCAGAUGAAUCCGAAGAAGUCUAGUGAUAAAUGCCCGCCGGAUAAUGUUAUAGAGAUUCUUGACAGCCGAUUAGAGAGCGUCAGAGAUCCAGAUUCAACUCCUCAGACGAAUUCCACAGCCACUGGAUUAAAACGGUGAGGAUCUUAGCCUUUGAAACACUUUUUACCAAAACUUGUUUCAAACAAAAAAAGAGCAGAAGAAGAAGAGAGAGAGAUUUCUCGACAUUGUUCAUACAACAAUUCAGGUAGCUCAACAUCUGUGUCAAACAUUUUUCUUUAUGAAGCAUAUAGAUUUGAAUCUUCUUCCAAAAUUUGUAACAAAAUCUAAGAGAACUGAUGAAAUUCCGCUAUAGUUAUUUU